GCGUCACUUCCGCCCUGGGCGGGGAGAGGCCAGCACCCCUCACAGCCCGCGCGCCAUCUUGGUUGUGGGUAGCCGUCCCCAAGGAAGAUGGCGGCGGUGCUGGCCGACCCCGGGCCUCUGGCCCUGGCCGCGGCGUGGCCCUGUCCCGCGUCCCCGCGCCCUUUCCCACGGGUGGUGGGCUCCGCGCCCCGCCGCCUGCAGCUCGCGGCCCCUCCCGCGGCUCUAAAAGAUGUCGCCUUUUAUCCUGUCGUUCCCCCACGAGUGACCCGGGGGGGCGCGCACACAGAUGUACGCGUAUCGCUUGGUUGCAACACAGCGGCGCAGCGUUUGGGAAAAGCGAGCCCGAGGGGUUUCUGCACCGCCAAAAACGUGCAGCGGUGGGAUGUGGGUGAACGGUGUUGACCGAUGCGCAAAGACGUGUGUUGGCCAAGUAGGUCCUAAAAUAUAAGCUUCUUACACAGCUGAUUUAUUUUUUUUAAAGGCUAUUGCAGGUUAUUUCUGAGGCAAGGAAAAAAACACUAUAAAUUUAAAAAAGAGCAUGUAAAGAGGCAUAUGCACAAUUUUAGCUGAGUUUUUAAAUUCAGGGGACGAUGACUGGGAGGCUGCCAAAACCAACUGAUACAGGAAAAAAGGCAUGGAAGAUGGGAAGCAGACAUAAUCCCGAAAUGCUGGUUUCCUGUUUGCUGCACAGGGAAAGUAAUGCACUGCUUAGAUGCCUAACCCAUGGUGAUGUUUUAAUUGAUACAGUGUAUAAUUUUUUUUUUGGCUACCAAGUUCUUUAAACGUUGCCUUGUAUGAAGGCAGCAGCCAAUGAGUGGCUGGUGCUGAAACAUAAACAUGGUGCAAGUUUUUAGUUCUGACCAGUUGUGGUUAACUGAUGAGCAGCCUGGCCUAGUGAGACACGCAAUUCCCUCUCUCCUUCUAAGGUUUUUCCUUUAUGCAGGGGUAACCUGUAGCUCAUGUGCUGCAGCUUUUGCUGUAACCAACAAUAAGACAUUAUGAAUCUGGAGGCUGCUUAAUAAUGCACUUGUGGGAGGAAGCCAGCUUGCUAGGGCCAGUAAGGUUUCUAGAAUUGUUGCAGUUUGGCUGCAAGCACGCACACACACCGUUUCUUCAUAGUUCUGAAGACCUGUGGGAUGCUCAUGGUGCUUCCCUUCAGCAACGGAGAGCUCUCCUCCACCUUCUGAGAUAUGUGGGAUAUAUCUUAUUGGGACAGAGAAAGUGGUCACUUCUACUCUUUCAGUUCUCCAUUGUAUUUAAGACAGCAUACUGGGGGCCUGGGAGAAAAAGCAAAACAAAAGAAAAAACCUAUGAUGUGAAAAUAUGCAUUAUGUUUUAAUAACUUCAAUGAUAUUUCCCUAAUGGCAAAUAGUGCAAGUCGUUUCAAGUUUUGUUUGCUCCUUGUUUUAUCCAGAAUUUGACAUCUGAGCUAUGAGCUAUAAGCUAUAUGAUGCUUUGGUGGAGUCCCUUGUUAGUAAAGACGUCGGACAUGCACCUGUCCCUGAAACAUAUCAAAGCACUGGUUUUCUAAGGUAUUGUCUAUGACCUGACAGGUCUCCCUUCACCUCUGUCCUGUAGGCUGGUAUACUUCUUCAAAUACCUGAUUCCCUGCCUUUGCAUGGUAAUUUACCUCGUAAAAUUUCAGUUUGUUUUUUUUUUGUUGUUGUUGUUGUUCAAGCUUCUAAGGUACAUAGGCAUCUCUGACCUACCUUUGAUGUUUUAGAGGCACUGUCUUUUGCUACAAAGCAAAAAAUUUGCCAAAACAUUUUUAAUUUAUAUGUCUAGUGUUAUCAUAGGAGAUAGUAGCUCUGGCAUGACACGAAGUGCCACUUUAUUUGAAUACAGCAACAGUCCAAAAAAUCUACAUAAAAUACGAGUUUCGAGGCAACAGGAAGUUCCAUGUAGACAAAGCAGCAUGAUAAUACUGUGUCAUCACUGGUCCAAGGCACACACUUGCUGACUGUUAGCGGAUGUCCUCACUAUUUAGUGAGUCAGCCGAGUACUUGCACAUCUUCUGAGCACUAAUGUAGAAAGGGAAAAUGAGUAGGAAGGCCCAUGGUUAAUAGUCAGGAGUGAAGUUGGAUUGUCCCAUCAGGGAUGCCGCUCUUAAGUGUUACAAAAUGAUAAUGUAACCUCAAUUCCAAACGUUUAUUAAAAAUUAAGAAAUCUGGAGUGAGCUUGUUUUCAGUCUCCUCAUAAAACAGGAGCAUGGGCUUGCACAAGUCAGUGGUGUUACUUACCAUCUUUGGCCUGGUCCUUUACAUGCAGCUGUUACUUUACAGUAGAGUUUCACAGCUAAAGAAGCUUCUUGUCCUGUUAAAAUCUUGCUCAGUUUUACAGGCCCCCCUUGGGUAAACUUUGCCAGUCCAUGAGUGGGACAAGGCUCAAGGGAGCUGUGUAAAGAGGAUGCUUCAGUAGAUGGCACUCUCCCUCUGAGUGAGGAUGAGCAAAUAAAUACCUCAGCCUAGGAGUUUGAUUCAGUGAGAGCAACUUCCUUUACACUCUACAGAAAUUGCAAUGAGUCCAAAGCUCUGACUAACUAUGCAGUGAAGUAACCUCUGGCAGUUUUGCACAAAUCUGGAUCUAUCAAGCCCUCGCAUCUGGCUUCCUCCCUGCUUAAAUGAGCGUAGUCUGUUUCUGUUCAGCCUGAAUUCCUCCCGAAAUCUUAAUGGUGGAUAUAUACAUAGAUACACACACACACACACACACACACACACACACACACGUAUUUAAAAGAUAUAUAUUUUCUGAAGAGCUUAGUAGUAAUGUAAGUUACACACAUCAAACUCAGGGUUUAGAACUAUUCUGCUUCCUCAACCAUUUUUUUUUCUCAUUCAUGAUUUUAUUUUACUAAUCUGUCAGUGGUAGAUCCAGUUUAAGAACUUAAUACCUUUGGGUUGUUGAUUGUUUUUUGUUGUUAUCUUUAAGCCACAAAAUUUCAUAGAUCCAGUUUAAAGAGGAGUCACAGUGAAUUAGUAGGAGGGAGGAGGCCUUAACUGCAGGUAUGGGGACAGUAAAGGUGUGCUAGACAUUAGGGGAGCUAUCGCCUUUUAAAUCAAAUCUGUUGCUAAUGAAGCAGUAAUGCAUGGCCAUCAUCUUACAGCUUUCUAAACUGUACAGUGUUUUGCUCACCCCUGAAUAGAAGGGUGAGAGAAGAGUGAAAGAAAGGUAUGUAAGGCAAAAGUUGCAAUAAAAAAUUACAUGAGAAAAAAUCAUAAAAUGCAAAUUUAAUUCAAAUUCUUAAAGUUUUGGUUUCUUGAGUAAUAUAAGUAUAUUCUUUCAAUUUGAUGCUUUUUAAGCAUUCCUUUAAGUAUCUAUUUUCUUAUUUGACUGGCACACAAGUCAAAUAAGACUCUAUGCUUUCUCAAUCCCUGCCUCUGUCCUAUACUCCCCAGUAAUUUUUUCCACUGAUUAAAAUCAGCGUGAUAACAGUACUUCUGAAAUCCAGACCUUGAAGCUACAAUUUUCUUUAGGAGGGAAGCAUUUAUUACCAUAGCUCAAAUAAAGCUGUUGACCUCUGCUUUUUCCAAUAUGCAUGUCAGAGCCUGAGGGUUUUUUGGGCCUGUUAGAAUGAAGAGGCCCUAGGUAAUGUAUGGAAGAGGAGUAUAAAGACUGUUUGUGUACCUCUCUCUGGUACCAGUCAACUUUUGAGCAAUCAAAAGUUAUGUACCAUUGUGAACUAGAUAAAGUAAUUUCUAUUACAAGAAGCUGUUCAAGGAAUGGCAUGCUGGAUGAGUGAAAUGGUGGAUGAAUUUAUUGCAGACUAAUUAUUUUUUUAGAUUUUCUGUUCUUAAUUCAAAACAAAGCAAACCUGCUGCAAGUGUCACAUGCUUAAGGGACUGUUCCCAAAAGCAAUAUUUUCUGUCCGUUGCAGAGAAACUACUGAUGCUGUGAAAAGCCAAAAUCAGGACUCAACAGUCUGAAUGUUGGGUAUUCCGCGGGUAUUCUUUACUGCAGCACUGGAAGCACAGGGGAUCACUCCUCCUAAUGUGCGAGCCCACACAGGGUUAGUUGCAUAAUUUAUACAAGCUCUACAUGCAUAUUCAUUAGUUUUCCAAUAAAAGAUAUACAUAUCCAUUGUUUUCCAAUAACUCAUUAUCAUGUGCAAAUGCCCUUUGCGCUUGCCUGUUGGUGUCUCCGGGUGCUCGUCAGGGGUCUCUGGAUGAAGGAUAUACCCUUCCUCACUGCGUCCGCUAGUUAAGUUUUGCUUUCAUGCAAACUCAGUUCUGAGAUCAUGUAUAUACUGUCCUUGAGGGAUGGUCUGUUCUGGUUUAGUGUUUUGCUCUGCAGUUCCUUAUCUUUAUGGUUCUGUACGUCUGCUUCUUCUAAGGUCAAAUGUUGUCAUCGUAAAUUUGCUUAGGUGCUUCUUGUCUUGAAGCCUUUCUGACUCCCCCAAAGCAACAAGUUUUAGUCAUAACAGUUCUAACUCUAUCAGUACACAGCAGAUAAAAUGCUGGACUAGUGAAAGCUUUCUGCUGAAAAUAUCAUUUAGCAUUCAUCUGUUACUUGGCAAAUUAGAUUUAAAAUUCCAAGUGCAUUUUAUUCAGAAUUCCAAAUAGUCUUCAUACAGUAAGGUAACUACUUGGAAGUCUCCUUUGCAGAGGACUGAAUGGAAAUGGUUUGGAGAGGUGCUUUUUAACACUUUACAAAGGAACUGAUUUAAUUCAGAGGAGGUUUCAACACCCACAAACCAUCCUUCUACACUGGCUUUCAGGUAGUGGUUUCAAAUCAAAGAAGCACGGUUUCCUGACUGAAUCAUCAAACUAAGUAUUGGGACACCAGAGUUUUAUGCCUUUAGGCAAAUUAUAGCCUAAUUUUCAGGUGUGGUCCAUUUAUUUAACUCCCAUUUAUUUCAAAUGGAGUUACAAGAGCUCAGUACCUCUGAAGCUUGUUUUUAAACUGUUUUGGGAAUAUCUUCCUUACAGAUACAUUGGAAAGCUGUUUUAAAGUUUGUAAUACAUUUUGAAAUGCUUAGUAAGUAUAUGUUACAGAAAUACAGUCAUUACUAACAACUGUCUAAUUGAAUCAGUCCUGUUUUUUUUCUCAUCUUCGUGCAGUACAGUUCAAAUUACCUUAAAAAAUAUCUCACAAUUAGACCUUACAGUUCUGUAGACAGGACAGAGCAAGACAGAAGGCGCAUGUGAUGGCUUCCCAGGGAUAUGCCACCUCACUGCUUUUAGGAUGGAAGGUGAAGGGUGGAAGAUCCUGAGUAAAAGGCGAAGAGCAAGUGGUGGCAGAAGCAGGACCUGACAAUCACAAUCACAUGGGUUCUCUAUGUUUUAGAAGAUCCCUACUGAAAGGAUCCAGAAGACACAGUAAGAAAAUACAGGCAUAUGAGCUUCACUUUUGAUAAUAUUAAGAAUCCAGACAGAGAUCAGAACUCGGUGAGCUUGCAGAGCUGGUCAAGGAAGUAGCCAGAAAGAGUCUUGAUUCUUUGUAAUGGAUUGCAUUGUGUAAGAGAGGUCUCAUACCUUUUGGCUUAUGAGUGUAGGCGGGUUUAUCAGUGCGAAAAUUACAUCAUUUGUAAGUAAGAGAAGAAAUAGCAGUAGCUGGACAGACCAGUGAGAUUUGGGUGAGCCUGUUCAUCAGUUUGGAGACGGGUGCAGAACAAAGGGUUGAUUUUCCAACAUAAUUUAUGUAGAAACUUAAGAUCUAUUAAAGGACAAUGAGGCUAAAACUUAACAAUAAAUGUAUCAAAUGCAAUGGUUAGAAUAAAUCCAUCAGAUCCAUGGAUAAAGAGAAGUUAAUAAAAGUGAUCAACACACAGCAGACCAGUACCUACUGGUUUCAUAAAGAAGGUUAUCUUGAAUCACACCAGAUUUUACUGAAAACCUCAAGAAUAUUACAAAUGUCACUUCAUGCUACAUUAAUUAGACCAAGGUCAUUUGUAAAACUGUUCAAGCAAGGGUAGGCACAUGCACCAGACUGGUGAAUUAAGCAAAAGGAUGGAGCGAAAGGAGAACUGCUCUUUUUUCCUUUUGUUUCCUUUUUCAGCCUGAAAACUGCAGAUGAUUUUUGCAUCCUCCCAUUGCCAGCUUAUCCAGCCCAGUCUGCAGGAGUUGCUUGACAGGAGGAAAACAUCGUUCUAAGUACAUUUGGUCACUGUAUUUUUUUUGUUUUCAGUUUUCUAUUCUUGCUGAUUUGCAAAGUCUCAGUUGACUGAGUUAUGAGCUGUUUGCCCAACAGGGCCUUUGUUCUGGUCUGUGCUUCAGCGAAAACUGGAAAAACCUGUUCGCGUGCUCCCCUUUUUUUUUUGAUCCUCCUCUCCCAUUGGCAGCUGCAGCUUGUACACAUGCAGACGAGGUGGUGCUUACCUUUCAUGUGGAAAGCUGCCUUACAAAAACUGAGGUUGCCUUUUCCAUUAUCCCAAAUCUUUUCUAGCCUCAUGAAGGCUUUGACGGAUGCUCGAGGAGUUAAACUCUGUUUGUUCUCCACGAAAUGUGUUUAGGUCAUCGUUUUAUUUUUCUUCAAGCAAAGGGAGGGUGUUUGAAGGUGGCUCCAAUCCAGCCUUUUAAAUAAUAUUUUGUGGACUCCGGGAGACCUGCAGAAACCAGCCUUGUUGUGCAAUGUAGUUCUUUGGAUGCAGAAGCUUGUGUGCUUUACAGCAGCUGCACACGGUGUAGUGUUAACAGCUGUAAGACAGGACAAACUCUGAGGCAGCGAGUUAGUGCAAAACGUGGACAAGUUGAGAAGAAACGUUUCUUUCCUUCGCCUUCCCUUUCCUCUUGCGUUGUGCUGCUGUUGGAACAAGAAUGGGUCAACUGUGUGGGAGAUGCAUGCAGCUGCUGCGGGACUUCGUGGCCUUUGUUCAGAGGAUGUCCUCCGACUUGGUGCAUAGCAUCAAGGAAUGCUUAACUCUGAUUAGCAAAUGCUCCUGCUUAAAACAAAACAGCUCUAAAGCCAGACAGCUCUACAAGCCCAUCCUGCAGCCUCAUGAGAGGGUGACAGCACAGGAGUUCCUGCAGCAUAUUGAAAGAGGUUUUGAAAUAUCACCACUUGGAAAGGACCCUCUGGAAGCCUUGAGGACCUUAGCCUUUUCAGAAAACCCAGGUUUACAGCAGUCUGCUGCCCUCUAUUACUUGCAUAUGAGUCAGCACAUGAAUGUUCCCCUGCCUGUGGAGCAUCUGGAACCCUUCUACGCCUUACUACGGUCUGCUGACCUGGAAGUACAGCAGAUGUCUUCUUUGUCCCUUGUCAAUUUCUUACUGGAAGGAAAUAUUGACAAAGAAUUAGUUGUCCAAAUGGGUUUACUCGAACCAAUUCUGGAUCUGCUUGAGUCAGAAGAUCCCACUGUCCAGUGUAAUUCCUGUGCUUGCACCAUGACUUUGGCUGUUUCAGAGUCCAACCGAGAGGCUAUUGGCGCUGCUCGAGGAGUUACACCCCUACUGUCUCUUGCCAAUUCCUAUGAUCCCAGAGUCCAACAAAACGCUGUUGGUGCUAUUUUUAACCUCACACAAUCAGAGAAAAUCCAACAGGUCCUAUGCAAGGAAGGAGCCCUACCAGUUCUUGCCUUGCUGCUUGAAUCUCCUGACUCAGAAGUGCAGUAUUACAGCUGUGCUGCCCUAAGCAACUUAGCAGCCAACGUUCAGCACCACGAAGCCGUGCUGAGACCCAGCAACAGAUUCCUGCUGCGGAUACUCAUCUCUCUCCUGUCCUCUUCUGUGGACAAGGUUUCAAGCCAGGCAUGUGUUUGCCUAAGAAAUUUGGCUACUAGUGCAGACAUCCAGGCCGAGAUUGUUGCUGAGGACAUCCUGCCCAAGCUGCACUCUCUCCUGGCAUCUGGCAGUGAGGGUGUGCGUCAUGCCUCCAUCGCUCUGCUCUGGGUACUGUCCCAGCACCCGCACAACCAGGACACUCUGGCGUGUGCCGAGCUGCUACAGAGCCUGGGGAUGCUACUGUCAGCGCAUAGAACAGACCCUGUGAUUGUUGGCCAUACUGCUUGUAUCAUCAAAAACUUGAGCCUCUCCAAAAACAGACUGAGAAUCAUUGAGAGCCCGUGUGUUGAAGGUCUCCUCCAAACCAUGCUUUCCACUGACAUUCAAGAAGACUCUCUUCAGUAUGUGACAUCUUGCCUUGCAGAGCUGGCAAAGCAAGAAGGAGCCACAGUACACAUGGUCCAAUGGAUGGAUGAUGCCUUGACAAAGUGCUUGGUGAGACUGGCUGGCCAACUGGAACACACUGAGGCAUCCUUUCAAGCUGCCUCCAUCAUCCAGCACAUGAUAGGUCACGAAAAAAUUAUGCUUUUGUUGAAGCGUCACAUCAGAGAGAUUCAGGCCUACCUCAAGAAUUUCCUUACCCACCGAGAGAUCCGCUUUCAGCAGCUGGGCGUCUCUACAUUCUGCAGACUGCGAGCAGAUCCAGAAUUUUCAUUAGCGUUCACAAAAAGCCAAAUGUCCAAACUCCUUGAGCAAGUCCGUCAACAAACAGAAGAAACUCAAGAGCUACUUAGGGCAGCUAUUUGCCACGAAGACAGUUAAUAUUUAAGCCAGAUGGCUUAUGAAAACUUAGCAGAUCCAAGAGCGUGAACUUUCAGAGCAACAACUCUUUUCAUGGGUUCCUGUAGUUAAAGUUCUCCUGCUACUUGCAGUUUCAUCAACAAUAGAGAUGUUCCGAUAACAAGAGUCGGAGCAGGUCAAAAGACAAUCCCUGGAACACUUUGGCUGGCUGCUUAAGUGUGUUUGAGGACUACAGCUACAUUCCUGCCAAUGGUUUGGAAAACACCUGUUACACUUGAGUAAUCUUCCAUGGUUUGUUUUUAGUUUCCUCACCAACCCCCUCCAAAAAUCCAGCGCUGUAUUCAGGAGGUUUUAUUCAUGUAACUGGCCAGUGCUACCGAAGAGGCAUCUCUCAAGUACGCAGGUUAUUCUGCAUUCAUCUUUAUUUUGUUUCUGUUCCAUGUCCCUUAUUUCAGAGCACACUCCAGGGACUUGACUUUAGAAAAUAAUUGAAUUAACACAUAAUGUAAAGGUAGCAAACUACUAACAGGUCACUAGAGGAAGUAACUGCUGAGGGACAAAGUGCAAGAAAUUUGGAAGAAACAAGAACAUGGCAAGCCUUAAGGCUGAUCCUUACCUACACUGUAGGCACUGCUCUCCAGCAGAAGAGCAAAGGCACAUUGAGGCAGGUAAAUGUUGCACAGAGCAUGUUCAGAAUAUAGAGCUACCAUGGAGGAUUUGGGUGAGGCGUGUUUGAAUACAGAAAUCUAUGUUCUGCAAAUGGUAAAUUAUUUCCAAAGGUACUUGGCAACAGGGAAAAAGUGAACAUAUUUGGCAAAAUUAGGAAUUGAUCUUAUAUUUUUAUUUUAUAUUUCAGUUUAAAAGGAGUUAAAUAACAAAAAAGUAGUAAUACGUUUAAAUUCAACUACUUUUCUUACAUGCAUACAGGAUACUGAACAACCUUCUCUUCCCCCUCCUCCAGAGAAGUCUAUCUCGCAGACCUUUUAGCAGCUCAAAACAGUAUUUUUCAGGAAAAAAAAUGUAGCACAGAGCCUUGUAAUUAUGGGGGACUAGUUUUUUAUGGUAGGUUUUAAUCUGUAAGAUAAUAGUAAUCUCAUAACAAUCAUCAUCAUCAUCUAUUAGUAAUCCAAUUCCACCUUUGAUCAAUACACUUGUUUUUAAAUACAAGAAUCCUCCUGGAGCUUCACGUUGAACUGGCUGGAAUACUGGAAGUUUGGAACCACUCUUAGGGCAAACAUCUGCUCCCAGACAGCAGUGUUUCUUAAGAAAACCUUUCAGAAGAGUUGCCUGUCUUUUGAGGUACAUCUGACCAUGGUAUAACCCUUAUAUGCAAGUAGAGCUUUAGAGCUGCUACUGGCGACAAACAUGGAAUAAAAGUGACAUUAAAAAUAAUAAUAAUAAAAAAAAAAUCAUUCUGUCAACUAGGAGCUCAACAUUACAUUUUACUGUGGCCCAAAUUUCUAAGCUUGGUUUUGGUGCUUGGGGGAGGCAUUUCUGUUAAUGAUUCCUUUUAAUAACUGCAAGUUGUCUCCAGUAGUACUGUUUGAAAACAAAACAUAACAAAUAAAACCUAUGCAACACCGCCCUCAGAAGCCUCUCUGCAGCACAGUAAAAAGACCUGUUAAAGAACAGGGCAGACAGACUUCAGGUGAAGCAGUAUGGCACUUCCAAUAUUCACGUGUGACAUGAGUUUUCUUUUGAAAUCUUAUGUGAAGGAGCCAUGUGCUCAGCUGUGGGCAGCUGGGCUUAUUAAAACGGAGGACUGCAGAGAGCUGAAUGACACAGCUAGGAACAAAAUCAGAAAAUUUCAAACUUCAGGGCACCUCCUUGAGUGACUUUAAAUCGUUUUCCAAAAAGAAAAAAAAAUAAUCAAUGAAAUAUUAAGUAAUGACAUUAGAAUCUGUCCUGUAUCUGCAUUUUUAGGUAUUUAAUUGCAAACAUUAUUUCAAGGUCUUAGCAAGAAAGAAAAUAAUGAAGCAUUCUUCAUCAGGAACGAGGAGGUAAGAGACAUGUGAACCAAGCAGAGCUAAUGGUGAAUAACUCAGUAGUUGUGAUGCACUGAACUAGGCGCACUGAAUGUCAUCCCUGUAAGCAUUUCUGUUGAGCUGUAAAGAUGUGAGCAAGGAGCUGAGUCUUUCCAAAACACACAGUCCAGCUGCUGUGACAGGUGACUACUCCAAACCUUCAGAAUAGCUGGCUGCGACUUCUACAAUUGCUGGUUCGACCUCACUGGAUAGUUAAGCAUGGCCUUUGAUGGUACAAUGAAAAUAGUUGCCAUAGUGGGCAAAGGAGCUGGCCUUCAUUUGAUAACAUAUUUUAUUCUCAAGAACAACAUUCAACAGAAGAGAAACUCUUUUUCCCUGCAUUUAAAGAAAAGGGCUUAACCAAAGACUUAAAAUUUCAAUUUUUUUUUUAUUUUAUUUUUCUUUUUAAAUUCCUACCUCUAGUUCUACUCCCAGUUCCCUAGCUUUUAGUUUCUAUGUUGGGCCCUUGAAAAGGAGGAAAUUCUCUCUCUCUCAUUUGGACCAAAGCUGGCAUGAAUAUAAUUAGAAAGAGCUUUUACUGCAGUCCUGUUUAAAACAAAAAACCAAAACCAAACAACACCACCGCCACCCCCACAAAAAAAAAAACCAACCACCACCCCAAAACAAACAACAAAUCAACACACAAACCAGAAAACCAAGACACAUGAGAAAUGAAGCAGGCUCUUCAUCUGUGCUGCAGAGUGAAGCAAGUGUUCUGAAAUCUCACAAAAAACAGAUCAGCAUAAUUUAUACCAGAGCCCAAAUAGAUCAAGAUCGACAUAACUUAAACCUGACCCUAAUAAAUGAAUCCUCAGACUUAAAAUUGAAGCUAAACCUUACUACGUUUUUGCUCCAUUUCUAGCUGCGACACUACUGAUUUUUCUAGUAACGAGAUUUUCAGAAACCUGAAGAAAAGUUUGAAGUAGACCAGGAGUAGUAAGAAGAGUUUUCCUUCACAGAUUGAGUCCUGCUUCAACUAUGCAAGAAAAUGAAAAUAUAAAUAGAAAUAAAUAUUUCAAACAAGUUUUAUUUGGUACUUACAUGCUAUAUAUAGGUUUCAAGAAAAACUACAUAUUUUGAUUACUUCAAAAUACUGUGGCUAUGUACAUGGAAAACUAAGGAAAGCAAGAAAGGAACCCAAUUAAUUUUACUGUGUCACAAGCUACUAUGGAAAGCAUUCUGACUGAACAGCUGGUUUUCCCCUUCCAUACAUAUUCUGGCAGAUGAAGUAUCUUGCAUUGCAUUUCCAUUGCUUUUAUCCCACCUCCUGUGUAAGAUGAACACUUGGCAGCACCAGACAGCAACUUCUUCAAAAAUUCUUCAGCUCUUGUCUCACAGGAUUUCUUCCACUGGCACAGACUCCCUGCACAGCUUCCCACAGGCCGAGCUCAGCGCUCACUCAGGGCGGGUGCAGCGUCUUAAUGGUACAUUCUGCGGUAGCACGAACUGGAACCGAUAAACCUCCGCUUCCCCUCGCCCAGGAUGUCUUCGCCGACUUCAGCGAGCAAUGCUUCAAGCCCUGGUUGGUGCUUCAAACUGCAAUACCUAGAGUGAGCUCUACCUGUAACAGUGUUGGUUAUCAAAGCACAAAAAGGUGCAGAAUAUUACAGUUCUGCCCAACAGCAACCAAAAGCGAGGGAUGGAACAAUGACAGUAGAAAUCGGCAUCAAAAUAAAGAGAAAGCAACCUGCGUUGCUGCUUUUAUCGCUCAAACUGUACUGCUUUAUAAAAAUCAUACGCUACAUAAAAAGCACAAACGACCAUUUUCCAUUUGCUCUGAAACGAGCAAAACCAAAGAAGUCCCCAAACAAGCCUGCUUCGUCAUCCAAAAAAAUCAAAUAUUUCAGGUUUCAGUCUUCAGUAGUCUCGUAAGGCAAAGUCUUCCAUCACUGGGGACACCAGCAAUUUACAGGACUCGGAACAAGGUAUUUCCUUGUGUGUGUCUGCACACGUGUGCAUGUAUGUGUACACUUUUA